UGUCCGGCACCGGGUCCCGCCCCAAGCGUUUGGGCUCCCGCGCGGGGGCAGCGGUUUGCACCUGGACCCCAGCCGCGGGGCGUAUGGGGCCGCUGGCGCCGCGGGCGCUGCCGCAGGCCUGCUGGGGGCGUCCGGAGCGGCCGAGGCGCGGUAGGUAGUGCCCGGCGCGGGCGUCGGGGAUCCGCGGGUCUGGAGGCGGCGGCCCAGGCAACUGAAGGCUUCAGGGAACCCGGACCUAGGGACGCAUCAAUGGCCCUGGGAGAAGAAAAGGCAGAGGUGGAGGCAUCCCUGGACACAGAGGCCCCGUCCUGUGGGCGGUGGAGCUGCAGAGAGCAGGAGGUGGAAACCCCAGGGCCUGUGAGUGGGGAGCAGCCACCACGCCUGGAAGCUGAGGGAGGGCCUGCCUCCCCUGUGUGGGGGACAGAGGGCCUACCUGCCCCUCUCUGCUGCCCCUCUGGAGCCUGCCAGUCACAGGCCAGCAACACCAGCAGGGAGCCAGUGGCUGGUGCAUCUCAGCCUGCUCUCAGUUGCCUGCUUCCUCCUGCCUGUGUGGGGACAGGAGAUCUGCAUUCUGUGGGAAGCCAGGUAGCUACUAAGAUGGAGGAAACCAGGCUUUCUGUCUCAGAGGAGCUACCUCAGGCUACAACCGUUCCCAGAGCCACAGCCCUUUGCUCAGGACAUGAUGCUGAUACCGAAGAUGACCCAUCCCCGCUGGAGUCGCCGUGGGUGCUGGCCCUCAGCCAACAGCCUCACAUCUCAGGUUUCCCUUUCUCGUCAAAGUGGAGGUCCAUGGUGAGCCCAGGUGCCGCUGCUCCUCCGUUUCCCAGCUGCAGUGUCUCUGCCUCAUCCCCUGGCAGCAGUUCCCAAGGACACCAAGAGAAGGCGGAGCCUCAGAGUUGCUCCCUUGCCAAGGUCUCUUCCCUGGAGCUGAUUGGCCCCCAGUCGGCCCCCUCCAUGGUGGGACCAGGGCCUCAGCUCCAGUGGUCUCCACAGCCUGUGUCCUCUGGGGGUGAUGGUCCUGGGCUGCGCAGGAGGCAUCUAUCCUUCCAAGCCGAGUACUGGGCCUGCGUGCUGCCAGAUUCCCUGCCGCCUUCCCCUGACCGCCGCUCCCCCCUGUGGAACCCAAAUAAAGAGUAUGAAGACCUGCUGGACUAUACUUACCCACUUAGGCCCAGGCCUCGGCUCCCAAGGCAUCUGGAAAGCCGCGUGCUGGCUGAUCCUGUCCUGCAGGACUCAGGUGUAGACCUGGAUAGCUUUUCUGUCUCCCCAGCAAGCACUCUAAAGUCACCCACUAAUGUCUCCCACAGUUGCCCACCAGCGGAUGCCCGUGCCCUGCCAUUCUCUGGGCCCAGAGAACCAAGCUUUAAACGGUGGCACUCUGGAGUACCCCAGGAGCAGGGUAGCGUGGGGCUGGCAUCUUGUAGCCAGCUCACAUCUACUCCCAGAGCUACAGGCAGCAAGGAUACUCCUUGGGAAAGGAGAGACCCAGCCCUGAGGGGUAUGAAGGACUGGCGGACCGCGGGCAAGCACCUCGAGGUGGGCCCUCCCCAACUGAGGACAUGGGACAGAGGAUGGCCCUCAUCCGGGCCAGAAAGAGAGAAGGGGGCUGGCCAAGGUGUCCAGCGCCCUGCCUGCAUGGAGUCUGGAUGGAAACCAGAAGAGGACUUAGAAAGUGAUGACGAGUAUCUUGCCCUGCCCACUCGGCUGACACAGGUUUCUAGCUUGGUUUCAUAUCUAGGUUCUGUUCCCACUUUGGUGACCCUGCCCACCAGAGCUGCUGAAGGACAGAGCUCCCUGGAUGUGUCGAACAGUGAUGGGCCCACUUCCUUACCAUCGGAUUCCAGCCAAAGCCAGCUUCCCUCUGGGGCUGUCCCCAGAGGGCCUGGGGGACUUGAGGAGCAGAACCACUGUUUGCUCCGCUCCUUUCUCCAUGCAAGGGACUCUGCAGGGGACGGCAGUCUGGUGAGCAGCCAGGCACUGGGGGUCUCCUGUGGACCUCUGAGAACACGCUCCUCCUUACCAGUUAUUUUGGACCGGCAGACAUUCUUGGACCCAGAUCGCAAAGGGCAGCCUCCCAGGAGAGGAAGAGAGCAGGGAAAAGAAUCACUCAUGCACUGUGUGAAGACAUUUUGCUGUCAGCUAGACGAGCUGAUCCACUGGCUGUAUAACAUAGCAGAUGUUACUGACCACUUGACUCCACCCAAGUCCAGCCUUACGAGUCUCAAGUCUUCUCUGCAGCUUUACCGGCAAUUUAAGAAAGACAUAGAUGAACACCAGUCCCUGGCGGAGAAUGUCUUACAGGAAGGGGAGAUUCUUCUUCAGUGCCUGUUGGAUAACACCCCAGUGUUAAAGGAUGUCCUCAGGAGGAUCUCAAAGCAGCCCAGCGAGCUGGAGAGCCACGCAGAUCACCUGUAUGACACAAUCUUAGCCUCUGUGGACAUGCUGGCUGGUUGCACCCUCAUCCCUGAUGACACACCAGUGGCACACAGUAGUGCUGAUGUGUCUGGGAUGAGCCUGGCAUCUUCUCAGGCAGAGAUAUAAUCUGUCUCCCAAAAUCUGGCUGGUGGGAAACUUUCAGGAAGAAAGUAAGAGCCAUUUAACACUGAUAAUCAAGGGGGAAACUUAAAGCUAAUGUACUAGCUUUAAAAUGCCUUUCUCUUCCCUGAAAUAAGGGGCUAUUGAAUUACUAUUUUCAUUUAAAACGAAUACUUCCCAACUACAGUGUUCCUUUGGUGCUUCUCUGCAAAGAGCAUGAGGCUUUGCAGUCUUUUGAUAAAAAUAAUGUUAAUAGUCGUAUAGGUCUUUCUUCCCUUCUGCCCAGCUAAAAAAAGCAGACAGAGCUCCUAAACUAGUCCAUGCACUGAGAUCAUGUAAAGAAGGCUGGUAUGAGAAAUAAGGCACCAAAUAGUACUCUCAGGCAUACAAGAGGACUCAAGUGAUUGGUUGGUUGGUCAGCAACUUGGGUCUUUUCAUAAAAAUGAAGCUUAGGUUUGUAAGUCCCAUUUAGAAGACUUUAGAAGAGACUUUAACUCUCUAAAUUCAUAGAAGAUUCCUCUAUAAAUUAGUUAGGGGAUUAGACCUUUUGUCAUCUUCAGGGCUUAGGGGUCCAUCUGCCUCCCUAACUAGUAUCUUAAAGGACAGUGUGUUGGGGACAUUGGGAAUUGCCAUUGAGCUACAGCAAGUCUAUGGACUAAUGAGCCAUCAAAAAGGGUACCUCGAGGAGGAUGCUCCCCUCCAUUCCUACUCUCCUGUGGAAGGGUAGUCCACGGUCAGGGAAGGAAAGGGCAUGGAUAGGGUCAUACAGCCUGGUUAGCUACAGAAACUAAGGCUGUAAAUAGUGAAGGGUAAAAAGGAAUUUUUUGUUGCUUGGGAGUUGACGUGUAAGUACCUUGAUAGAAUUAAAUCUACAGAUCAACCAUUUAAAACAUCGAUUCUGUAGCUUUUAAAGCAAAGCAAUCAUCCAUUGCCGGUAACCACGGAUAAUGCAAAAACAAAAAUCAGUUCAUUUCUAUUGGGCUAUGAAUUAACAUGGAAUGAGAAAAGCACAUUUCCCUCCAUGUAAGUUUAGUAUUAUAGUGGGCUAAGAUUUAAGGAAAGGGUUCUUCAUACUUAAAUAUAUGAGAUAAGCACUUAAAGAUCUUUUUUCAAACUCCUUCCAGAUUCUCAUUUCAGGAAGGUGCUUUAAAAAGGAAGAUCUUUUAAGUUUGUAAAGAAUGAACAAGUCAUCUUGAAUCAAAAGAAGAUGAUGAUGGAACAAUUACUCUCACAAGCAAACUUCCGAUACCCCUCAGAACAAAACAUUUAAUACCAAAUUACUUUCUUUAAAGGAAAUUUAGGACUUUAGUUUUGGGGGCUGAGCCACAUAAUCUUUAAUGCCAUCUCACCCACAUCCAUAUGAACUAAAGUCCUAUUAUAAAUGUAACUUUUUCUGCUUUAAAAUUUCAGACUGCAUAGUCACUGGGAAAUGAUAUAAAAUUUCAAUAGUAGCUAUAUAAAAUUCAAUAUUUCAAGUGCCUGCUGCUACUAUGGUAUGAUUUACCGUAAUGCUUAGUUUAAGGGCAUGAUCAGAAUUAAACUAUGUAUGAAGAUUCUGCCUGUAUUAUGAUUCUUCAUAUUAUUCUUGAUUCCAUACAUAGAUUUUAACAGCCUAGAACUGGUUAAAAAGGCACAUAUGUCUAAUAGCCUGUUUUUAUAUUGUUAUAUUUCACCUUCCCUUUGAUGUGGCUAUAAAAUGGUACAUGCCUUUCCACUGACUUUCCACUGAGUAUGUUACAGAGUAGCCAUUAAGAGUUCAACCCAGUUAUUUACUAGUACUAUUUGAUAGGCAUGAAAAUAAGUCUAUAGGUCAGGAAAAAAAAUUGAUGACAAUCCUAUGGAAACAAACUGGCUAGAGUUAUAGUAAUUGAAUGUUGCAUAUGCCAUUCUAUUCCGACUCAACCUAGUAAUUGCAAUGAUAGAAAUCUUCAGGGUACAUUAUUUCAAAGUACUGUUUCCCAAGAAAGUACUACUUUACCUAGAAAUGAACUCAAGAUGAUUUUUGUUCAUCCCCUUUGAAAUAAAGUGUGACUGAAGGAUGCUCAUUCUAGACCUAGCUGAGAAUGCCACUAAGGAAUAUCAACACAGUGGCUAAUUACAUCUCCAGCGGUGCUAUAAAAAGUUGAAGACCUCCCUUAAAACUGAAGCUGAAAUUGUUUCAGUCUAGGAAGAUGCCAGCAACAAUUCCAUGAGUCAACAUGGCUGAGUUACAGUUCAAGUGGCCUGGCUGGCCAGUGCAUAGGGGGUACACAUUAGCCUUAAGGACAGUAGUGGCCUAUGGUGGCAUAAGUGUGAUUAUCAAAUCCCAAAUUUACCUGUUGGAAAAUUUCCUAGUAGUCCCUUUAAAUUAGUAAAAGUUAAGUCCACAGGGAAGUGGCAGUACUAAGAACUCUAUUGCUAGUUUCAAGACCUAGGUUCUUGUUACAGCUCCAUGGCUGAGCUCAUCUGCAAAUCAAAUACAAUGUCAACAACACAGGGCUGUUCUGAAGCUUAAAUGGGGACAUAAAGAAGGGUUGAUGUAAAAAUAUGCUGCAAUGGCAACAUGUUAUGUAUGCUUAAGGAAGUUUCAAUCCAAUGUCAAAGAAUAGGAAGUUACUGCUUAGACCAGAAAAGCUAUCAUUUUGCAAGGAUUUCCCAGAGACUGCACUGCUUAGAUUUAGCUAACUCUUACAUAAACUAAUUCAUGGCAGCCACUUACAGUUUAUAGUUAAGUGACUAGAUAAAAAGCCCAUAGUAGCUUGAAAUGGGUAUACUUGAAAAGGGGGUAGGAAUGGGAUUUUUUUUUCAAGACUGCAUUUAUUGGCAUAUUAAUAAAAGCAAACAGUGGAGCAUGCUGAAACAUCUUGCUUAGAUACACUCCAUUCCAUUCUUGACUGUCAUGGGGGAAAGAACACUAAAAUUUUCAAAACUAAGUAUGUAAAUAUGCUUACAUCUUAAAUUCAUAUAAUGUUUUAUGCCAACUCACCAAGAAUAAACUGACAGUUUGAACAACUUGCUGUAUAAAACUGAAGUGCACGGUGUCACACUAACAUUUGUAUCGUUUAUUACUUUGGAAGAUAGUUUCUGAAUUAUUUCCCCCUUUAUACCGUAUUGUAAAGCAAAAAAAAACAAAAAACCUUUUGAAACAUUUAAAAAAAAAUCUUCACCCAAAUAACAAUUUGGUAAUUUGAGUUCAGUUGCCUUAUGAGAGGAUGAAUAGAUCCAACAAGCACAUCUAUAAUACAAAGUAAAACUAUGAUUUUAUUGUGAAAUUCUCAUAGAUGGAAAAUUAAAUGGAAUAUUCUGUCCAUUUCAUUUUACAAUAAUCUUACCACUUAUUUUUGUACCAUGUGUUUCAAUUGCCUGUUUACUGAAAAUAAAAAUAAAACCUUU